AUGCUUAUGAUUAGGUUAUACCCGUCACCUUCCCGCCACCCGACCUCCGCUUCCCCGCCACCCCAUCUCCCCUGCUCGCCGACCGAUCUCCCGUGCUCGCCGCCCGAGCUCCCCUUCCCGCGGCCCGUUCUCCCAUUUCUGCCGCCCGAUAUCCCCUUUUCGCCUCCUCUCGCCUCCCCGCGCGGCCUCCUCUCGCCUCCCCGCGCGGCCUCCUCUCGCCUCUCCGCGCGGCCUCCUCCCACCUCUCCGCCCGGCCUCCUCUCACCUCUCCGCGCGGCCUCCUCUAUCCUCCCUUUGCCCUCGCUUCCCCCUCUCAUCGCCAUCGCUUCCCCCUCCCAUCGCCCUCGCUUCCCCCUCCCAUCGCCCUCGCUUCCCCCUCCCGUCGCCCUCGCUUCCCCCAUCCGUCGCCCUCGCUUCCCCCUCCCAUCGCCCUCGCUUCCCCCUCCCAUCGCCCUCGCUACCCCCUCCCAUCGCCCUCGCUUCCCCCUCCCAUCGCCCUUGCUUCCCCCUCCCGUCGCCCUCGCUUCCACCUCCCCUCGCCCCGCCCAUCGCCCUCGCUUCCCCCUCCCAUCGCACUCGCUUCCCCCUCCCUUUGCCCUCGGUUCCCCCUCCCAUCACCAUCGCUUCCCCCUCCCAUCGCCCUCGCUUCCCCCUCCCAUCGCCCUUGCUUCCCCCUCCCAUCGCCCUCGCUUCCCCCUCCCAUCGCCCUCGCUUCCCCCUCCCAUCGCCCUCGCUUCCCCCUCCCGUCGCCCUCGCUUCCACCUCCCCUCGCCCCGCCCAUCGCCUUCGCUUCCCCCUCCCAUCGCCCUCGCUUCCCCCUCCCGUUGCCCUCGCUUCCCCCGCCCAUCGCUAGUUCACUUGCGCCAUCUUCGCUGGUUCACUUGCGCCAUCUGUCCGUGUGGAGCAGCAGCAUCACCAGCGCCUCUGCCUCGCUACUCCUCGCCUUCCCCCGCCUGCUCUCCGCCAACCUCGCCUGGACUGCCCUCUCCCACCGCCCACCCCUCCCUCACCGCCCUCCACCUCUCCCAGUGCCCCCUCCUUUCCAUUGGCUUCCCUCUCCCCUCCUCCUCAUCCUCUCCCUUCGCCUCCUCUCCUUCCUCCUCUCACUCCUCCUCCUUCUCUUCCUCCUUCUCCAGCACUCAUCUGGUUAUCUCUGGUGCCUCAAUCGCUCCUCCCUCCUCCCUCUUCCCUCACCUCCUCGCCUCCCUCACUCACCUCAACCUCUCUACUGCUGCUGUCCCUGACGCCCUUCUGUUACACCUCGUCCACUCCCUUCCCCACACGGCACGUUAG